AUGGCUGAUCCAGCCCCCAAGGCCGUUAUGUCGGCCGAAGACCGUGCGGCAAAGUUGAGAUUUGCCGAAGCUCAAAAAACCUACGGACGUGGCAAGGCUGCCUCGACAAAGAAUGUUCGCGACAAGAAGCUCCGUGCCACACUAAUAGCACAGGAAGCCAAACAGAAGCAGGCUAUCCUGCAAGCAAAGGAUGCCGAAAUCCUGUUGGAGCACGAGGCAGGUUUCCUUGAGCCCGAGGGUGAACUCGAAAAGACAUACAAAGUACGACAGGAUGAGAUCCAGGCCAGCGUUGGAAUCGAGACGGCGAAGAAGGGCUUUGAGCUCCGGCUCAAUGAUUUUGGUCCCUACCGAAUGGACUACAGCCGAAACGGUCGCCAUCUUCUAUUGGCGGGACGCAAGGGUCAUGUUGCGACCAUGGAUUGGCGCGAUGGCACGCUCGGCUGUGAGCUGAAUUUGAAUGAGACGGUCCGGGAUGCGCGCUGGUUGCACAACAACCAGUUCUUUGCGGUUGCGCAGAAGAAAUAUGUUUACAUCUAUGAUCACCAAGGUGUUGAAUUGCACUGCCUGAACAAGCAUUUGGAGCCGCUCUUCCUCGAAUUCUUGCCUUACCACUUCUUACUUGCCAGUGCUACAAUGGCUGGUUUCCUUAAAUACACCGAUACUUCCACCGGUCAGUUGGUUGCUGAACUUCCUACUCGCCUUGGAAAGCCGACCGCCCUCUGCCAGAACCCAUCCAAUGCUAUCCUCCACACCGGACACCAGAACGGAACAGUGACUUUAUGGUCCCCCAACUCCCAGACUGCUCUCGUCAAGGCUCUUGUGCACCGUGGACCCGUCCGAUCUAUGGCAAUCGACCGCCUGGGUCGCUACAUGGUCUCAACUGGCCAAGACCAAAAGAUGAACAUCUGGGAUAUUCGCAUGUUCCGCGAGGUCCACUCAUACUCAUGCUACCAGCCUGGUGCAUCCGUGUCGAUCAGUGACCGCAACCUCGUAGCCGUUGGCUGGGGUACACAAACCAGCGUCUGGCGGGGUCUUUUCGAUGCCGCCCAAGCAGACCAAGGCAAGGUGCAGAGUCCCUACAUGGCUUGGGGCGGUGACGGCAAGCGCAUCGAGAAUCUGCGCUGGUGCCCAUACGAAGAUGUGCUGGGUGUGGGACACGAUCAAGGAUUCGCUAGUCUUCUCGUUCCCGGUGCCGGAGAGCCCAACUUCGACUCACUGGAAGCCAACCCUUACGAGAACGUCAAGCAACGACAGGAGGCCGAGGUCCACGCGCUGCUCACCAAGUUGCAGCCGGAUAUGAUUUCUCUCGACCCCAAUGUCAUUGGUCGUCUCGAUACCAUCAACAACAAGAAGGUGCAAGAGUUCAAGAACUCCGAUGCUAAGCCCGAGGAUGCCAUCGAGAAGAUGAAGAACCGUAGCCGCGGUCGCAACAGUGCGCUGCGCAAGUAUCUUCGCAAGAAGGGUCGUACCAAUGUUAUCGAUGAGAAGCGGGUUAAGGCUGAGACUUUGCGCAAGGAGCACGCUGAGCGCCACAAGGAGAAGCUUAAGCGGGAGCGCGAUGAUCUGGGACCUGCUCUGGGUCGCUUUGCCAAGAGGGAUUGA